AUGGCCAAUGCUUCGCGUGAAGGGGUAAAUAAUGAUGCCCAACUAGCGUAUCAUAUGAGCCUUUUGCGAAUCCACGGUGACAACGAGCAAGAGGAUCAGACAAGAUUAGCACCGACAUUCACGGGACCCUUGUUGCGCCAACCUGACCUUGUGCCCUCGCAGUUUGGGCUGUUAGCAGGAUUGAAGCGGAUACAGCAUCCGGAACUUAUUCACCCUACGGAUGAAGAAAUUGAACGAGAUCCCCGGGUGUUUUUCAAUGUUUCGUCGCCGUCGAGUGCAUUCAUCUGCGGAUCCCAAGGCUCUGGUAAAAGCCACACGCUCUCCUGCCUCAUCGAGGGCUGCUUGCUGAAAUCUAACGCUGGCCGACUCUCAAACCCGUUGACAGCCAUUGUGUUUCACUAUGAUGUCUUCAUAUGUGAUGGUGGGGGCUCUCCGUGCGAGGCGGCAUUUCUAGCCUCGCAACCUGGCAUCAAGGCCAGAGUUCUGUGCGCACCUACUAACCUGCGGACAAUCCAGAGAACAUACUCUAGGUUCAACAUACAAGUCGAACCGUUGCAGAUUGACCAGAACAACUUAAAUACCAAGCGUAUGCUUGAUCUCAUGGCGGUAGGCCAAGAGAAAGGCACAGUGCCUCUAUAUAUGCAUACCGUCCAGCGCAUUUUGCGGGAAAUGCGCCUGUUACAGCAGGAGACUGGCUCUCAAUUUGACUAUCAUAGUUUCAAAAGACAGGUUUUGGAUGCUGAUCUUCUUCCCAGCCAGCUUGAGCCCUUGAAACAAAGAUUGGAGACUCUUGAGAGUUUUAUGCCUCGUCAACAAGUGACAUUGGGGAAACACUCUGGAAAUCCUAAGGGAAAAUCAAAAACUCGAGUGGGAGGAUCAAGUUGGGUACCAGAGUCAUCCCAGCUCACAAUUGUCGAUCUUUCUUGCCCUUGUAUCUCUCCAGAUACGGCUUGUUCGCUCUUCAACAUCUGCUUUGAGAUUUUCAUGGAACAGGACACCAAUGUUGGCCGAGUGGUCGCACUCGAUGAAGCGCACAAGUACAUGAAGGAUUCAAUUGAAUCUCACAAUUUCACCAGCACUCUCCUUUCCACCGUCAGGCUGCAACGGCACUUAGGCGCCCGUAUCUUCAUUUCUACGCAGGAACCAACGAUCUCGAGCGAUCUUCUUAGUCUUUGUUCCAUCACCAUUGUUCACAAAUUCUCAUCGCCGGCAUGGUUACGUGUCUUGGAAGGACAUGUGGCUGCAGCAGCUUUGGGAGCCCAGCCGGGUGGGAAAGCACCGAAUAAAGCCGAGGGAGGCUCACUGGCGCCUGAAAUAUCGAGUAAAUACUCAUUUAUCAACCAGAUUGUCAAUCUCAGCGUGGGAGAAGCCUUGCUUUUUGCCCCGGGUGCGAUUUUGAUCAGCACGGGAGAGGAUUCUCGCCCACAGAGACGGUGCAAACUUGGUGCAGGCUAUAUGGUAGUGAAGAUUCGAGAAAGAUUGACCGAGGACGGUGGAAGAAGCGUUCUGGCAUAG